UUCAGCUCCUGUCAUGGCUACUUACUCUGGAAGUAAGAACACUGUAGAACUGGCUAUAGAUCCUUUAAUUACAUGCAAGCUAUGUUUGACAGAGUGCUCGCUGCAAGAGAUGUAUGAGAUCCGAGAUUGCAGAUGUCUUUACUGCGAAGCAUGUGUCAAACAAUAUUUAUCUGUGAUGAUACAAGAGGGUAAUGUGUUGAAUAUUACCUGUCCUGAUGCCCAGUGUAAAAAGCAAGGCAAAUUUGAUGCCCCAGAGAUAGAACAACUUGUCAGUCGAUCAACGUUUGAAAGAUAUUCAAGACUACGCUUUCAGAAAGAGGUAGAUGUGGACCCCAACAGGAUGUUCUGUCCCCAAGCUGGCUGUGAAACUGUCUGUUACGUGUUCUACCCGUCACCAGAAGACAAACUUAAACCUAUCUCUGUUGAAUGUCCACAGUGUGGUUUUGAAUUCUGUUCGGUCUGCAAAAACAAGUGGCAUGCAAUCCAAAGCUGUGAUGAAGUGAUGAGUAGAGGCAAAGCAGAAGAUAUUGGUAUCCCAUACAGCAAUAUUGAAGAUGCACAAAUCAAACGCUGUCCAGUGUGCCAUGUUCCAAUUGAGAGAAACGAUGGCUGUGCCCAAAUGAUGUGUAAACGUUGCAAGCACGUCUUCUGCUGGUACUGUCUCGCAUCAUUGGAUGAUGACUUCCUGUUACGUCACUAUGACAAAGGUCCGUGUAAAAAUAAACUUGGACAUUCCAGGGCUUCAGUUAUCUGGCAUCGAACCCAGGUCAGUGCCUUUUCCUUUAUUAUUAUUAUUUUUCUAAUGUUUGUUGAUUAACUGCCAUGUUUGCCA